UUUCCAAAUCAGUUGAAAAGUAGGUCGGGUCGGUUAGGUGGGUGGGUGGGUGGGACGGAGAAGCGUUUUGUAAGCAGCCUUGUUUUCUUAGUUCCGUUCCCACCGCGUCCAAAAAAGUAAACGCGUUUAAUGGAUGCGGACCGGGAGCUACCGGACACCACUCUACCAAGUCUACCGCUCCGCCCAACCCCACGUGCCUUUUUCCGGCUUUGACCGAUUGCGAAAAUUUUGGUUCCUCCAUCUCUUCCCCACCUUGAUUCGUAAUAAUAUAGCUUCUUCGUCCCUCCCUCCAAAAGCUCUCUUUCUUCUUCUUCUCCUCCUCCCUCUCCUCGAUCUCCUGCUCUCUUGAUUCGUAUAGAGCUUCUUCGUCCCUCCCUCCAAAGCUCUCUUCUUCUUCUCCUCCCUCUCCUGAUCUCCUUUACUCUCUCCUCGGCCUCAUUCCGGAUCUCCAGGGUUCCGUUUCUCCCUCUCGCUCUUCGCGGAUUUGUCCGGUUCGUUUUUUUUCCCGAAUCUCCUCGCGUCCUGCCUUCUUUUGAGGCUGAUUCUGCUGCGCUUUUGGAUUUCGCAUUGCUUUGAAUCCGGAAUUCCUUGUUUUCCGAUGUGUUGGUGAAGAAAUGUGGCCUCCUUUUUGUGAAAAGUCGCGAGUUUUCUGUGCAGAUCGCGGAGGUUUCCUUCGACAAAAGCCGAAUCAAUGGACGGGGUACGCGAGAGGAUGGGCCUGCGGAAGGUGGAGUCGCGCGCUUCCAUUACGGAGGCGGACGACCUCGACCUUUCGCGGCUGCUACAACGGCCGAGGCUAAAGCUCGAGCGGAAGAGGUCGUUCGACGAGCGAUCGCUCAGCGAUCACGCCGCGGCGGGGAGCCUCCGGCCGGUCGACAGCUACGAGAGCAUGCUGUCCCUCGGCGCAAUGAGGUCGGUGCUGGACACGCCGACCUCCUCUGCCCACAACUCGUUCGAGCCGCAUCCCAUGGUCGCCGAGGCCUGGGACGCCCUCCGGAGGUCGAUAGUGCUCUUCCGCGGGCACCCGGUUGGCACGAUCGCCGCCUACGAUCACGCCUCGGAAGAGGUCCUUAACUAUGAUCAGGUAUUCGUCCGCGACUUCGUGCCAAGUGCUCUGGCUUUCCUGAUGAACGGGGAACCCGACAUCGUCAAGAACUUCCUCUUGAAGACGCUCCAGCUUCAAGGCUGGGAGAAGAAGAUCGAUCGGUUCAUGCUUGGCGAAGGAGUGAUGCCAGCGAGCUUCAAGGUGAGCCACGAUCCCAUCAGGAAGACCGACAACCUCACCGCAGAUUUCGGCGAGAGUGCAAUCGGAAGGGUCGCCCCUGUCGACUCUGGUUUCUGGUGGAUCAUCCUUCUCCGCGCCUACACGAAGUCCACCGGCGACUCAACCCUGGCGGAAUCGCCCGAGUGUCAGAGGGGGAUGAGGCUCAUUCUAGCUUUGUGUUUGUCCGAAGGCUUCGACACCUUCCCCACCUUGCUCUGCGCAGAUGGGUGCUCCAUGAUCGAUCGGAGAAUGGGAAUCUAUGGCUAUCCCAUAGAAAUCCAAGCCCUGUUCUUCAUGGCGUUGAGGUGCGCUCUGUCGAUGCUGAAGCAAGACGCGGAGGGGAAGGAGUUCAUAGCGAGGAUAGUGAAGCGCCUGCACGCGCUGAGCUACCACAUCCGGAGCUACUUCUGGAUCGACUUCCAGCAGCUGAAUGACAUCUACCGCUACAAGACGGAGGAGUACUCCCACACCGCCGUCAACAAGUUCAACGUUAUCCCCGACUCCAUCCCCGACUGGAUUUUCGACUUCAUGCCGGCGCGCGGCGGGUACUUCAUCGGCAACGUCAGCCCGGCGAGGAUGGACUUCCGGUGGUUCGCACUCGGCAACUGCGUCGCCAUCCUGUCCUCGCUGGCCACCCCGGAACAGUCCGUGGCCAUCAUGGACCUGCUCGAAGAACGUUGGGACCAACUGCUCGGCGAAAUGCCGCUGAAGAUUGCGUACCCUGCUCUGGAGAGCCGCGAGUGGCAGAUCGUGACGGGCUGCGACCCCAAGAACACCAGAUGGAGCUACCACAACGGAGGAACGUGGCCUGUCUUGCUGUGGCUGUUCACCGCAGCGUGUAUAAAGACGGGGCGGCCGCAGAUUGCGCGGAGGGCGAUCGAUCUCGCGGAGAACAGGCUGUCGAAGGACGGGUGGCCGGAAUACUACGACGGGAAGCUGGGGCGGUACAUCGGCAAGCAGGCGAGGAAGUUCCAGACGUGGUCGAUCGCAGGGUAUUUGGUCGCCAAGAUGAUGCUGGAAGACCCUUCGCACCUGGGCAUGAUCUCUCUGGAGGAGGACAAGGCCAUGAAGCCUCCCAUAAAGAGGUCAGCUUCGUGGACCAUUUGAAGACGGCAGCUUGGAAAGAGUUCGUUCCUUGGCACCAAUUCUUUGACAGCAAUUCAUUCUUCUUCAUCCCUCAGCAGCAAGACAUCCUACACGUAUCAGUCGCCCUAUAUGUAUAGUAGUAGUAUGGAAUCAAUCAUACAUCAAAUUUAUCUGCAGUAGAAGAAGCAGGUUAGGCUCUGCA